AGAUCAUGCAAAACUUGUGCUGAGCUGUGUCUAUAAUCGUAGUUCGUCUUCACGAUGGAUUUCUUGAUAAUACUAGGAGCGACUGCCGUGAUAUACUAUCUGGUCAUGUGGCUCUACAGACGACGGACGAUUGGAGAGUACUCUGAUCGUUAUGUCUUCAUCACCGGAUGUGACACUGGCUUAGGACAUCUGCUGGCGCUCCGAUUGGACGGGAUGGGUUUUCACGUGUUCGCUGCAUGCUUGACGGAAACCGGUGAAGACCGGUUACGCAAAAGUGCCUCCGAUAGACUGGUUACGCUUUCUUUAGAUGUGACCAAUGAAAAGAGCAUAAAGAAUGCGUUUGAAUUUGUCAAGUCGAAGCUACCCUUGGGCAAAGGGUUGUGGGGCCUUGUUAACAAUGCUGGGAUUGCGGGCAGCGUUGGACUCGUAGAAUGGUUGAAGAAGGAAGAUUACCAGCGCACCAUGGCGGUCAACUUGUACGGAGUUACAGAAACCACUCGAAUCUUCCUGCCCCUUGUCCGUAACGCCAAGGGGCGUGUCGUCAACAUUUCAAGUAUUCUGGGCACCGUGUCGUUACCAGGGGCAGCCCCAUAUUGUAUCUCCAAACAUGGCGUCGAAGUUUUCUCAGAUUGUCUAAGAGGAGAGUGCUUCAAAUACGGCAUAUCUGUCCAUAUCCUGGAGCCGGGCUACUUCAACACUGGAAUUGCUGACCCAGACGUCAUUAUGCAAAACUUGCAGAGAACCUUUAAUCGUUUGGAUCCGAAUAUACACGCAUUCUACGGGGAGAAUUUCAUAUCCCGCAUGGAGACGACAGCCUUCCUAAAGCUGGUGACGUCUAACGCCGUUCACAAAGUGGUAGAUGCCUACACCCAUGCGCUUACGGCAAAAUACCCAAAGUAUAGAUACAAGGUGGGCUGGGACGCCAACACGUUAUUCCAACUGAUUCGGUGGAGUCCGGAAUGGUUUGCCGACACCAUCUUGGGAGGAAGAAUUCCUCUCCCACAAGGAAUCCAGUGA